AUGUUCAUUUAUCCACACAUGGAUCGUUUAUACGGAACGCAUAAGCCAACCAAUUUUGUUCAGAAGAGUCUUCUGGCUGUUGGCUCAGGUCUUAUGUCGAUCGCAGAUCCAUCGCGAGAUGAUAUGAUUUCAAUUUUCGGUGAAACAACCGGUAAUUUAGCAUUGAGAUCUAUGCGAGAGCAAAUGAUUGUCGAUCCUGAAGGAGAUCGUAUUCUCAAGGAGCGGCCAGUGAUCAAUACAAAAACAGUCAAUUUAGAUUAUUUAAAAUCACUACCGAUUGGAACAUUGGGUAAAGAGUACUCAAAUUUUCUAGUGAAAUAUAAUUUAACUCCGGACGCUCGCCGACCUGUUUCAUUUGUUGACGAUGUUGAAUUAGCUUACAUUAUGCGACGUUAUCGUGAAAUUCAUGAUCUUACUCAUGUUACGCUCGGCAUGCCGAUAAAUAUGUUAGGUGAAGUAACAGUCAAAUGGUUUGAAGGCAUCCAAUAUGGUCUACCUAUGUGUGUGUUAGGUGCAUUUUUUGGACCGAUUCGUUUGGGUCCAAGACACACUGCUAAGUAUCUUCGACUAACAUUACCGUGGAUAGUUCGUACUGCUCGUCAGUCACGUUCAUUCAUGAAUGUGUACUUUGAAAAACAUUGGCAUAAGCCUAUACAAGAAUUUCGUCAUGAACAAAAAUAUGAUUUCUGUUGGUUUGUUAUUAGAUUAUUAAAUAGAACCCGGAAAAUUUCACAAUUUAUCGAGCAUAUUAACUCGGAUCUCUUAGCAUCAUCAUUAUCGUGUAUUAGUCAUUGGCUGUGA